AUGAAGCUCAACAUUUUGGUCUUUGAAUUUGCUGCUCUGGCAUCCCUUGGUUUUGUACCCAACUGGGCCAUGGCACAGGAUAACAGCUGCAAUGGGAAUCGUGUUUCAAAUGUGCUGAAGCUGGAACUCAUUGGAGAUCCAGUGGAAGACACAAGUGGAGAGUACCCAGUGCUUGUUGGAGACAUGGAACCUGUGUGCCUGGGCCGUGAUCUCACCCAAAUUCCAAGGGUUCAGUUCCGUGGUUUAAAGCAGAACACAAACUCUCCUCUUAACUUCCUCAAGGUGGAAAGUGAGAAGACCAUGACAGGCUCUGUUGUGGAAGAUGGUGGGGCCCCAUCAUCAGUUGAGAUCACUACCUGGUAUGGAGAAGAAACUGGCAAUGGUAACAAAACAAUUACAAUUUCCUUGACAUCUGAUGGCACCUUUUCAAUGGCCGCCACUGAUGGUGAAGACACCUAUAAAAUCGAAAGUGUGGGGACUCAGGCCUCAGAUGGGACAACUGCUGUGAAGUACAUUGCUGCCAAUUUGGCUGAUGUCCCCCUGCCACCUCCAGUGGACCUCACAGGAGUUGAUUUCUAUUUAGUGUCUGAGUCACCAAGCACUUCUCCCAGCAUCUCUCCCAGUGCAUCCCCCAGCUCUUCUCCCAGUGCAUCCCCCAGCACUUCUCCCAGCAGCUCUCCCAGCACAUCCCCCAGCUCUUCUCCCAGCAGUUCACCCAGUACUUCUCCAAGCUCCUCUCCCAGCACAUCCCCCAGUUCUUCUCCCAGUACCACACCAAGUGCCAGCCCAAGUGGUUCUCCCAGUGGGUCACCCAGUGGAAGUCCAACUGCUACCCCAACAUCUUGUCGCGAAGCACAGGUCAAUUGUGGAAAUGGCAAUGGAAAUGGCAAUGGUCCAAAUGAAAAGAAUCCUGAUGAUGGACUUCGCCGCAAUCUCCAGGCAGUGGUCAAAGCCGCAAUAGAACAGCGCAGUUUGCGGGGCCCUCGUGAGCUUCAGACGACAUACACCAUCAGAGUUGGUCAUAUCAUCACCACAGCCACCUGGGUAGCUAUGGGCCAGAGUUGGAGCAGAGUUGUUCAAAUUGUCAACAAUGCCAUCUAUCAAACAAAUACAGCAUUAGCCAACACGCAGCUUAACAUUGUCCUGGAAAGUGUUAGUACAUGGCUUGACCAAACGAACUUCCCUGAUGCUGCAGCGCGUUCACAGGGUGAAUAUGCAUACUAUCUCCAGAGAUCUGGAGAUGGAUACUUUGAUGGUAUUUUUGGCCUCCAAAAUACUUAUAAAAUUGAUGCAUUUGUGGUAAUUGGAGAGCACGUAAAGGGAGGAUAUGCAAGCAACAUUGGCACGGAUAUCACCUGGGACAGGCCUGGUUAUUUUGAAGUGCAAAGGAACAAUGUUGAUUUGGCUGGUCAUUACCUCUGGGCACAUGAAUUUGGACACUUGCUGGGCGCAAAACAUGACAAAAUUACGGGUUCUAGUUGCACAGCAACAAGCACAUGUGGGUACAUCUGGACGUCUUCCUGUCAGAGGACCAUCAUGACUUACCCUGAUAAAUGUGGGUGUACACCAUGCACUUCUGUUUUGGCAUACUCACAGUGGGCUGGCACUGAAUACAACAACAAGGCUGCCAUGGCUGCAUACGCCCCAACCUUGGCUGCCAGAUACAACUGA